GGUGGCCCAAGCGACGGGCGCGGCGCCUCGCAUCUUGCGGGGGCGGGGCGGCCGCGAGCGCGCCAGGGGCGGGUUCCUCGGAGCAGGCUCCGCCCCCCCCCAGGAGCGCGGGUUUAAAAGGUGGGAAGGCUGGCGCCCCGGCCGUAGCGGCUGCGAAGCGCGCCGGGGCGGAGGCUCGGCGAGGGCUCAGCCAUGACCCUGCGGGCGGGGGGCGCUCGGCUGCUAGGCGGCCUCCUGCUCUUCGCUCUGCUCGCUGCGGGCGCCGCGCCGCUCAGCUGGGAUUCUCCGGAGCCCCGCAGCAGGGCCAGCAAGAUCCGAGUGCACCCGCGGGGCAACCUCUGGGCCACCGGUCACUUCAUGGGCAAGAAGAGUCUGGAAACCCCCAGCCCAUUCCUCUCGGGAACAGCUCCCCACAUCUCCCUGGGGGACCAGAGACGGCAGCUGAGUCACGAUCUGCCCAGGAUCCUCCUGCUAAAGAAAGUUCUGGGCAUGAGCCUUAGCAGCCCAGCACCUCACCCCCAGGAGGCUGCUGGUGCAAGUGGUGCAGAAGUGACACCAUUAAUGAGGAAGAUACGACGACGUGGCUUGGACCGUGCCCUCCCAGGGGAGGAGCUCAACGGGACCCUGGCAGCGGCCCCAUCUGGACGUAAAACCUGGCCUCAAAUCUCUGUGACUCCAUUAGUGUGAUUUCUGGUUGUGUCGCCAGGAAUAUUGCCAAUGCAGACACAAAUUAUGUCCCUGCUGUAUUUCUUGCUUCCCUGUUGAAGUUGUGAAUAAAACCUAGCUCUUAAUGAAGCAUAUCUGAUCCUCUCCUUCCAGCCAUGUUUGAGGGCAUGGGAGGGAAAGGGGGGCCGGAAGACUGGAGGACAGGAUGCUCAGUGAGAUGGAGCUGGCUCCAAAAAGCCAAGAAAACUUCACGACACCAGCCUACUGAGGACUCCUAAGUCAGUCGCUCAUUCAGCAAGCAGGUACUC